AUGUCCCUAACCGUGGCCGAUACGACGACACCAGCUGAAACAGUACCAUCAUCAACGGAGGAACGCAACAACAACAAGAGUGUGCGACAGCAGCCGAUUACUCUAAUUUUGCCCACCAGCGGUAAGCUGUUUUUCGAGAAAAAGCAAGAGUUCCAACUUUGCAAACCACAGCUGCUCCCACUGAAGUCGUUCAGUUUGGAGAAGUUGGAAAGAAUGCACCAAGAAGCGCAGCGACAGUUGCAGGAAACUCGUGCCCGAACCGCUGCUGCGAAGACCGGCAAUAACUUCUAA